AUGGCAUCAACGAGGCGUGUACCGUCCUCGUUGCAGGAUCUGAAGACCGCGGCCGGCACACCACGUCAACUACCAGCGUUAAAGAGAAUAAAGUAUGACUUGACCGGGCAUCUGUCACGCAAAGUGGAAUACAUACAGCAUGGGCUCGUUCCCACCCUCGCGAAGAUACUCACCGAUACUGAGACACAGCCCACGAGUGGCCCAGCAGCAGCAGCAGCAAAACCAACACUGGAAGAUGAAUUGACAUUCACUCAAGUUGCGCAGGUCCUCUGCGUCAUCGCCCAUGAGGGACCUCCGUUUGUACAACCGCUCCUCGAAACCGACGUUUUGCAGAGACUGAUUUCCUUUCUACUACUGCCUCUCUCCUCCAAAGCAACCCUCGCCAUCUUGAAAUGUCUCAACGCUGUUGCCGACAAUCUGCCUCCAUCUGUCGUUGGGCACUGGCCGCAGAAUAACAAGCUGGCGGAUUUGUUGUAUUCGGAAAAAUACAUACGAUGUUUUGGAAAUAUUAUUGGAAGCGCUAAUGAUACGAUGGCGUCUCAGCAGGCGUGUGAUGCCAUUUUGGCUCUUCUUUGUAAAACCGUCUCCCUCGAACCCCAGAAACGUGCUCUUGUCGAUGGCGGGGUCUUGACAUUGCUUUCAGCUCGACUGGCAUCUUUUGUGGUUGCAGAAGGACUUGUUCCUCCGGGCCCUGAUGCCUUGAACGGCGAGAGCGACGUCCUUGCCCGUAUUCCAGAACCGGCCCCGUCCUUCGCUCAUCUUUCACCCGUCCUGGAAUCCCUUUGUGUUUUGACCGAACACUCCAAAUUUCGGACAAGAAUGUUCCUGGCAAACCCCACAAUCAAAACAGUGCUGCCCGACCUCCGAGACGACUUCUCUCCUUCUGAUAUACGACGAGCGCCAUGGGGAGCAAGCUAUUUUUCCGGGGCCGCCGUCCCUCGCUCACGUUUACAGGGACCUUUCGAUCCCCUUCUGCCUUCCACCCCGGUGUCCGAAAAGUCCAUCUCUGCGACUCAGUCUGGUUUCCCGCCAUUGAGCUCCGUCACAGCCAUGCCUAAGCGCCGCGCUUCGUUCUUUCCAACAACAAAUGAAACACCCCAUCUUGCCGUGGGCCGGGAAACCGUGGACGACAUUGAAGAGAGUGCCGUCAUUUCGUGGCUCCUAUACGUUGUUCGUGAGUCGCGCGGAAAGAGACGUCUUCUUGCAGCCAAGUUAUUGGUCAACCUGUACCGCUUGAAUUUCGUCAAGAGGGAGCGGGGAUCCUCCUUUGCGUCGUUGCUUGUCCCGCUACUGACCCGAAUGCUCAAUCCGGACCCUCCCGAUCCGACACGGCAGGACAGCUUCAACAACCAACUGGGCGGAUCACAUCUAUGUAACGGGCUGCAUUACACAAGGGCAGUUCCGGCGGUCCUGGCGGCGCUCGUGAUGGACGAUCCCGAGAUGCAGCGGGUAGCCGUGGAGGGCAGGGCUAUUGUUCAUCUGUCGGCUGGUCUGAAGAUGACAUUUGAUGGCCCUGCUGGUCGCAAAUCAUCCCCGUGGCAACCCCACAAAUCAGAUGAAAUACCAGCAGAUCAGACAUCGCCCGGUAAUGUUAUUGGCCGUGGCGGGCCUACCUGGGCCACCAGACGCGAAAUGGACUAUCGGGAAGGUUGUCUGCAGGCACUGGCCGCAAUAGCACCAUUUGAAGAUGACUAUCGCAAGGAGAUAUGUGACCAAGGGGUGUUGGCACAUAUCAUAAUGGCUUUGGAACCCUACCACAUUCAACUUGGCCCCCAUCAACAGAUGGAGGCGUCGGGGAAUUCUGCCGCCGUCAUUCUUGCUGCCUGCGGAGCGGUGAGGGUGCUCACGAGGUCUGUUCAGGCGUUAAGAACCAAGCUCAUCGAAGCCGAGGUUGCCAAACCCAUUAUCAAGCUCAUGAGUUCGACGAACUCGGAGGUCCGGAUUGCCGCUACCAGGGUUCUCACGAACCUAGCCAUCGACUUUAGUCCCGUCAAGGAAAGUGUGGGAGAAUCGACGCUGGUAAAGAAGCUGUGCGAGCAAGCUCAUUCUGCAAAUGCGAGACUUCGACUGGAGUCAUUAUGGGCGCUGAAGCAACUUGUCUUAAAUGCGAGCAAGAAACUGAAGCAGGAUGUGGUCGACGAGUUGGGAUCCAGCUGGAUAAAGCUGCUGAUCAAGACCGAUCCCAUUGACAUCCCAGACGGCGAAGUAAUCGGCCUGGUGGAAAGGGAAUAUCCACCGUUAAUGACCUAUCGCCGGCCUUCUGAGCCGGCCGACGACUCUCAAGAUGUCAUUAUGGGCGAAGACUCGGACGGAGAACGGGAGAGCGGCCUAGUUCCAAGUGGAAAUGUCGAAGCACCUCUCGAUCAACCGAACGUGUUUGACAUACGACACACAACCGAAGACGAUACUGAGAUUCAGGCCCAAUUACUCGAUCUUCUUCGGAACCUCUUCUGCGGUGAAAACGCAUCAGAUUUAGUCAAAUAUAUUUUCGACGAGAUGGGCCAAGAAGAUUUUUUGAGGAUUAUGCUCGACCGAUUACGUCCACGUACAUCGGCGGGGCCGACACGAAAAGAGAAUUAUACCACACCAGCACCAAGCUCGAUCGUGGUGAAGGUGUUAUACAUCCUGGUGCAUAUUGGUGCAUGUGACCCAAAGUGGAGGAAUGUCAUUGCAUCACAGCACGCCUUGAUGAAACAGGUCUUGACAUUUUGCAGUCAUGCAGACCGGGAGAUUCGAGCGCAAUGCUGCUGGAUUGCCAUCAACCUUACCUAUGAAGACGAUGCUAGUGAUCGAUCUGGAUGUAAACAACGCGCAAUUGAGCUCCAGAAGGCGGGAUUUGUUACUCAUCUACGGAAGCUUGAGGUCGAUCCGGACUUGAAUGUCCGCGAGAGGGCCAAAUCAGCCAUUCAUCUGAUGUCGAAGCUGAUGACCUCGUGA